AUGGUAACUUAUCAUAUUUAUUUACAAUAGCAACCAAUAAAUGAUAUUAAUGUCGAUGAAGUAUUAAAAGGAUUAUCAACUGUAGAAGGAUCAAAUGGUUUUGUGAUAUUUAAUUCAGAUUGUAAUAAGACAAGAGUUAUUUUUUUUAAGGUAUUCCACUAAAAAGAUCAGAAAAAAAUAUAACUUAUGAAAAAGCUGUUCAUAUGUCUGCUUUAGUUGCUGAUUUAUGGAAUGUUACUAAGAAAUGUAUUCAAAGAGAAUUAAGAAGUGCUGAUGUAUUAAUUUAUUAAUAUCAUUUAGAAUGAUCUUGAAAUUAUUAGGAUAAGGACAAAAGCUUAAUCUGAAUAUAUUAUUUCUUAAUGUAAUUUAACACUUAUUAAAUGAUUAGAAGGUGAUUAUACAAUGAUAGGUAUAUAACUAUGUGGAAAAGCAAUUGAAGAAGCUAAAUUAGCUGCAGCUGCUGAGGCUUAGGCUGCUGCUGAAGCAGAUAAGGCAAAAAAAGGUGAUAAGGAAUAAAGUUGAUUU